UUUUGUACUGGAAAAUAAUGUAACUUCCUCUCUGUACUGCUCUGCCCCAUCAGGAGGUGAUUGUGUUAAACAGUGCCCACAGCAAACCUUCAGUGACUCCAGUGGGUGGCGAUGUCAGACCUGCCACAGCUCAUGCCAGACAUGCCACGGACCUCAUUCAACAGACUGUGAUGUUUGUCUUGGUGGAAACCCUCCUCUACAUGGCCAGUGCCCUCUGCUCAACUGCCCACUGGGACAGUACUUUGAUGGUAAAUAUGGUGAAUGUCACACCUGUGAUUCAUCCUGUAAGACCUGCUUUGGCCCCCAAGCACUGGAUUGUUCUUCAUGUUUCAAAGGAUACUUCCUGGACCAGGACGGUUCUUGUGUAGUGAAAUGUACAUCUGGCUCCUACGCAAACUCUGCCACUCAGUUGUGUGAGGACUGCUCGCCAAACUGUGACACCUGCGUGGACACGAGUGAUAACUGCAUCAGCUGUUCAAAAAGCAGCUAUAAACUUUUUCUCCACCAGGGGCGGUGUUGGUCGAAUUGCCCAGAAGGUUUCUUUGAGACAGCAGAGGGGUCAUGUGAAGCCUGUGAUAGCUCCUGUCUGACAUGUGAUGGCACCAAGUCUCAGUGUCUAUCCUGUGCUAAUGGCCACUACCUAGAGAGUGGUAUGUGUAGACUCAACUGUUCACUGCGGACAUACCCUGCAGAUGAUGGUACCUGCAGACGCUGCCCUCCCCACUGUGAUGUUUGCUCAGAUGACAGCACCUGUUUCAAAUGCAGUUUCCUCUACCUGAUGCUGAAUGGUGUGUGUAAAGCUAGUUGUCCCAUGGGCUAUUAUGAGGACAUGGAAGAGGGCCACCUGCUCAAUGUUUAG